CCUCCCCUCACAAAAAGGCGGCAGCACAGCGCCACCCCUCCUGUCCCGCCGAGUUCGGAGCGCAGCGCAAGGCGGGGGGAGGAGCAAGAAGCCGCCGGCCUCCCUCCUCCGGCUCACCACCAGGCUUACUCCGCACCGCGCUGCCACGGGUAGGAGCGGCGUCAAAUUCGGGAUUCCCAAGCGGCUUCAGCCCGGAGGUUGAGCCAAAGCUAUUUUCUAAGAAAAAUGGCGGCAAUGAUGGUGGCGAUGACUGCGAGGAGCAAGAACAGCAUAUUACCCAUGGAGAAGAAGCAGGGCUGGUCUAUUCAGCUACCAGAGCUCCGGUUCCCUUGGGAUUCACAUGAAGACAAGGGUUUCUCUCUGAGUCUGCAAGGAUCUGGACCUUCUCAUGGCGGCCUGUUUGCUAGCGUGGGUCUUAAAGUGUCGACAGGUGCCCCAGCAGUGGCGCCCGGACCGGGUGACAAGGAUAUUAAGAUUCCAUUCACUGAUCAUUGUAUGAAGUACGUGUCUGAGGCAGUUGGGUACCAGGUUAUUAGCACUGAAGCGGAGUCAGUGGAGGAGGUGGUGGAUGCUAAGGCAAAGAAGGCAGCCAAGAAACGUGGGCUGCAGCUGAAAAUUAAGAUUGGGAACCCACAUUUGAGGAGGCUGGUUAGUGGAGCUAUUGCAGGUGCUGUUUCCAGGACUUGUGUGGCACCACUGGAGACGAUCAGGACUCACUUGAUGGUUGGGAGCAACGGUGACUCCAUGACAGAGGUGUUCCAGUCAAUCAUGAACACUGAGGGGUGGACUGGGCUUUUCCGUGGGAAUCUUGUCAAUGUUAUCCGAGUUGCGCCAAGCAAAGCAAUUGAGCUUUUUGCUUUUGAUACUGCCAAGAAAUUCUUGACUCCAAAGGCUGAUGAGUCUCCAAAGACCUUCCUACCUCCAUCACUUAUUGCUGGAGCACUUGCAGGAGUCAGCUCAACCCUGUGCACAUAUCCUUUGGAGUUGAUUAAGACCAGAUUGACGAUAGAGAAAGAUGUCUAUAACAACUUCCUCCAUGCUUUCGUCAAGAUUUUACGAGAAGAAGGUCCAUCAGAGCUCUACCGUGGUCUGACACCAAGUCUGAUAGGAGUGGUGCCAUAUGCCGCGACUAAUUACUACGCCUAUGACACCCUAAAGAAGCUCUAUAGGAAGACGUUCAAGCAGGAGGAGAUCAGCAACAUCGCAACUCUCCUAAUUGGUUCAGCCGCUGGUGCCAUCUCCAGCACUGCCACCUUCCCUCUUGAGGUGGCCCGCAAGCAAAUGCAGGUAGGAGCAGUAGGAGGGAGGCAGGUCUACAAGAAUGUGUUCCAUGCGCUCUACUGCAUAAUGGAGAAGGAAGGGGUUGGCGGCCUGUACAAGGGGCUCGGACCGAGCUGCAUCAAGUUGAUGCCUGCAGCAGGCAUCUCGUUCAUGUGCUACGAGGCCUGUAAGAAGAUCCUGGUCGAAGACAAUGAGGAUAGUGAGUGAAGCUGAAGCAUGUAUGCCCCUGAGGAGGGGUAUGACUGAUGUGCCAGGCUAGAAGAGGUUUGGGUUGGGUUGGGGAGUAUACCCUAGUAUUAUCAACUGAUGAAAAUGUAGAUCCAAGAUAUUUGAACGCCCUUUAGAUCAUAAUUUGGUUCAGUUUUGUGUUG